UUUUGUCCUGAGUACCAGACAAACUCUGAUUGAUGGAUCAUGAUUGAUGCGCCAUUUGAUAAAUUUACAAUUUCAUUUUGAAACACUAAAAUGAGUAGCAUUGUAUUAUACCUGUGUCACUCUAACAACAUUUCCAUUCAGGCAGUAAAUCACAGCUGUCAUUUGCGUUUUACAACUGUAUGUAUAUUAUUAACAUGUACGAUACUUAUACAAGAGGCACACACUUAUGCAUGCAUCUAUUGUAAUAAUGUUAAUAAAACUAGCAUCCUUUUUAUUAUAGCAACACUAUUUACGAAGUUGCAUCUGCAUGCCAUUCGGGGAACAAAAUUGGUGGGUCAUAAUUAAGGUAGCAAACUUCCUGGAGCUGCUGCCUGCAACAACUGCGGGGGAAAAAACAAAAGUAUAUAAUGGAAGAAGUAUCAGAGUCGUCAUUUUAAAGUUAUGUCCGCGAGUCAAAUCGAUUCUCUGAGUUUUAAAUGUUGAGGAAAUCAAUCACCCAAUGUCUCGAGCCACUAGUACCGGUGGGGUGCACCUCAGUCUACCGCGGUGACGGGCUGGCAUACUAGGCCAGCAAGCGGCCUAGUGUCAUGUAUAGCUAGCUAACUUGCUGAAUUACUUUAGUUAACAAACGUCGUUGGCAUACAUGAUAUGGCAAUUGAAAAAUUAUUUUAUUCAAAUUGUUCGCUAACUAGUUAGCUUUUUAGGUAACGUUACUAAACUGCCUUAGCUAGUUAACUAGCUACAGUAGCUAGCUCAGUUAGCUACCUGCUGGCUGUGUAUGAUUGUACUGAGCUGGCUAUCUAGCCAGCUAACACAGUUUAUGAGCUCCAGUUUUUAAAGUUAAUUUAUUUCCGUGUUAAGUCCACCAGUGUCUUGGCAAGUUAUGUCAUGCAAUAUUAUUUUUAGCUGUUUCUUCGAGUGCGUGUGUUAUGCAUGUUUUAGCUAUUCAUUGAUUUGAUUUUGGAACAUCUUGGUUUUAAUGAGUAACGUUAGUUAGCUAGUUAGCAAUGUCUUCCGCCGAUAUGCUCGAAACUUCACCUGGAUAUCCCUUUGAAGAAAUAGAUUAUGUGGAUAUUGAAGUUGAGGAGGUCGUGGGGAGAGGCGCUUUUGGUGUUGUCUGCAAGGCCAAAUGGAAAGGCAAAGAUGUCGCAAUCAAGACAAUAGAGAGUGAAUCUGAAAGGAAAGCGUUCAUAGUUGAGCUGCGGCAACUUUCACGUGUGAAUCACCCCAACAUUGUGAAGUUGUAUGGCUCAUGCAAUAAUCCAGUCUGCCUGGUGAUGGAAUAUGCUGAAGGGGGGUCCUUGUACAAUGUUCUGCAUGGUGCUGAACCUCUCCCCUGUUACACUGCCUCCCAUGCCAUGAGCUGGUGUUUUCAGUGUUCCCAAGGGGUCGCCUAUCUCCAUGGCAUGAAACCAAAGGCUCUCAUUCACAGGGACCUCAAACCACCCAACCUGCUCCUUGUUGCCGGUGGCACCGUGCUGAAGAUAUGUGACUUUGGGACUGCGUGCGACAUUCAGACCCACAUGACCAACAACAAGGGAAGUGCAGCUUGGAUGGCCCCUGAGGUGUUUGAAGGCAGCAAUUACAGUGAGAAGUGUGAUGUGUUCAGCUGGGGAAUCAUUCUCUGGGAGGUGAUCACGCGUCGGAAGCCCUUUGACGAGAUCGGUGGGCCGGCCUUCCGCAUCAUGUGGGCGGUGCACAACGGCACCCGGCCACCGCUCAUCAAGAGCUUUCCCAAGCCCAUCGAGAGCCUGAUGACCCGCUGCUGGUCCAAAGACCCCUCCCAGAGGCCCUCCAUGGAGGAGAUAGUCAAGAUCAUGACCCAUCUUAUGAGGUGCUUCCCAGGAUCUGAUGAACCCUUGCAAUACCCUUACCAGUAUUCAGAUGAAGGACAGAGUAACUCGGCCUCGAGCACAGGUUCCUAUGUGGAUUGCACUAGCAGCAAGAGUGACACAAACAUGGAGCAUGGGGACUCUCAAGGGAGCAACGACACAAUCAAGAUCAAACCUCAGUUUGCACAUCAGUUCAGGCCAAAGGGAGACCCAUUGCGAAGCCUGCCUCUGUCCAGAGGGGGCAGUGUUGAGAGCCUGUCGGGGCGAACCCACAGCCUGGUGGCCUCCGAGAGCAAAAGAAUGAGCGCAGACCUGUCAGAGCUGGAGCACAGGGUGCCUUUCGCUCCUGCAGCACGUCCCCAGUAUAAACGAGGCCACCGUAAAACGGCGUCAUUUGGCACCAUUCUGGACGUUCCCAAGAUCGUCUUCACAGCCUCCUGUGAGGCGCAGAGGCGUAGAUCUGUACAGGACCUCCCGGGGAUCGGCACAGACUCCAGCCAGGGGAGUAGGAACAGCAGCAGGUCUUCCAGUCCCAGUGUGAGGAUGAUGCCGCCUGAUAAGACCAGCAGCCGAGGGUACAGCUUCUCUCCCGAUGACCCCCCAGAUACCAACGGCUCAGACAACUCCAUUCCCAUGGCAUAUCUCACUCUGGACCACCAGCUGCAGCCCCUCGCUCCUUGCCCGAACUCCAAAGAGUCCAUGGCCGUGUUUGAGCAGCACUGUAAAAUGGCCCAGGAGUACCUGAAAGUGCAGACAGAAAUCGCCUUACUGAUCCAGAGAAGGAAAGAGUUGAUCGCUGAACUGGACCAAGACGAGAAGGACCAGCAGAACACGUCCCGCCUGGUCCAGGAGCACAAGAAGCUACUGGAGGAGAACAAAUCUCUGUCCACCUACUACCAGAAGUGCAAAAAGCAGCUGGAACUGAUCCGUGCUCAGCAACAGAAGAGACAGGGCACCUCGUGAUGGGCCACAAGCUGGCCGCCACCUGGAUCAUGCUGCAGAGACACACAAACAAACUGUCCCCAUAUCCCCUGUUCUCCUCCCCUGCCUCUGCUCUUUCCUGGGUCACCUGUAGUCUAGUCUGAAACCCAGACCCUACCUGCAAAAGAAUUGACACUAUCUCUCUCCUCCUCCCCCCUCUGCCCCAUGACAACUAUGAUCUCAACCUAGGUGCCCACUCCUUCACCCUGUAGGUUCCAGUGAGUGGAUCUUGUUUUACCUUGUACUGUAAAGAGACCUGUGUUUAACUGUGUACCUGCAUGUUGCGUUAUAGACACACCCUGCUGAUAACAUGGAACAGAAUAUGAGGUGUGCACUCAAUCAAGCUGUUAUGGAAUGUCUCUUGCACAUCUUUACAGUAUAUUCUUUGAUAGCAGGCCAAAACAAUCAGCAUGCAUCUGCUCUCUCUGGCCAUAAAGAUCUGGAGUCCUGGGGUUGCCUCCCCUGGGUUCAGUGAACACACGGGACAGAGAGAUGGGCUUCUAGGCCUCGAUUGUCAGCCAUCCUUUUAGUCAGGAUGCGAUGCUUCUUGAGGUGUGUGAGCGUAGUACAGUAACUGCUGCUGCUUCUUGAAGUAUGUGAGUACAGUAACUGCUGAGCCUGAUUGGAGGGGGAGGCCAGUGAGGGGUGUGAAAUAUGUUUAUCUCUAUUGCUCUCAGGGCCCCUCGGACCCUCCCCUGGGCUGCCUGGUCAGUGUGUGUCCACCCCUCCUCCCACAGUCCAGUCCUCCCAUUGGUUAGUUUUACCCUGACCUGUCCUCCUAACUGGCCAAUGGCCAUGUGUCCUUGAGAAUGUGAAAAACAAAGACGGUCUAGACGACAAGUGUGAAUUAUGCGCAGAAGUUGGUGUUUUAAUGAAUUAUGACCAGAAUCUAUUUGACUAAUCUUUGAUCUCUAAGUGUUUUUUUGUUGUUGUUUUGUUACCCUUUAAUGCAAAAAUAGCCACCCUUUUUUGGGGGGUGAGCACAACCCCUUACAAAAGAAAUCCACCACAACCUAUCUGAAAGUAUUUAAUGUAUGUUCUAUUUAUUUUACCGGGGGAUGUAUUUUAGAUAUGCCUUGCACAUCCAUGAUGUCUUUGAUAAAAAGGAAGGACUUGGCUUGUCACAAGUACCUGGAUAGAAACAUGGGUCGGGCCUCAAACAGAGAUUAAAUAUUUAUAGUUUGCUUUCAACAACCACAAAAAACGCAAGCAAAGACGACAGACUUCUUAUCUCAACCUGUUUAAUUAAAAUAAACUAUGCACGAGGUUCAAAGUGUAACAUGUUUAUCAUGACUUAAUUUAGUUUCCUUUUGUUUUUUUCCUAUCCAUUUUGGUGUUAGGGAUUAUACUUUUAUCCGGUAUGGGAAUGCAGAGAUGUACAAGAGGCCUAUCCCUCGCCUAUAUGUAUUUUGUUUUUAGUUCACAUGUUGCCUUAGAAUUUGAUUGCUAGAUUUUAAAGUAUUUGACUUGUUUUUCGUUCCUUUAUUGCGGUGUUCACUUGCGCCUCAUUUGAAUGUAAUGGACAGUCAGUCAGUGAGAAUGGUAUGACUUUUGUUUUGAGGGAGAAUUGUAUAUUAUGCCAAUGGUUUACCAGGAGGCUGAUUGUCUGGUCAAAUGAAUGAUGUCAAUAGGCUGCAAAAGAAAUCAUGAUCUCUGUCACUGCUUUUCCCAAUUUAAUAGAAUGAAUCCCAGUAGGUUUAAGUAUCCAUGCAAGAAGAAAGUUGAUUUAGAGAUCUACACUUACAAUGAGAAUUGGUCUUAUUUUGAAAUGUUGUCUUGCCGUUUCAUUUGACCAGACCUGACGUCGCUGCUACAGUCCUUCAAAUGUUUUGCACAAUCCUCUGGUUUUACUGAUUUACAUGUAACUAACUGUUUGGGUCUUGUACUUCAAAGUGUAUAUAUUAUGAUGGUUUACAAGGGAGGUGACAGGUGAAAUUGUGUAAGGGUUCAUUUUCUUAAACUAUUGGGAACAGAUACAGUGCCUUCGGAAAGCAUUCAGACCCCUUGACUUUUUCACAUUUUGUUAGGUUACAGCCUUAUUCUAAAAUGCAUUAAAUAUCUACACACAAUACCCCAUAGUGACAGAGCAACAAAAAAAAUGACAUUUUUGCAAAUGUAUAUAAAAAAAAAAAAAGGGCUGAAAUCACAUUUACAUAAGUAUUCAGACCCUUUACUCAGUACUUUGUUGAAGCACCUUUGGCAGUGAUUACAGCCGUGAGUCUUCGGUAUGAUGCUACAAGCUUGGCACACCUGUAUUUGGAGUUUCUCCAAUUCUUAUUUGUAGAUCUUCUCAAGCUCUGUCAGGUUGGAUGGGGAGCAUUGCUGCACAGCUAUUUUCAGUUCUCUCCAGAGAUAUUAGAUUGGGUCCAAGUCCGGGCUCUGGCUAGGCCACUCUAGAACAUUCAGAGACUUGUCCCGAAGCCACUCCUGCAUUGUCAUGGAUGUGUGCUUAGGGUUUUUGUCCUGUUGGAAGGUAAACCUUCGCCACAGUCUGAGGUCCUGAGGACUCUAGAGCAGGUUUUCAUCCAGGAUCGCUCAGUACUUUGCUCCGUUCAUCUGUGCCUUGGUUCCUGACUAGUCUCCCAGUACCUGCCGCUGAAAAACAUCCCCACAACAUGAUGCUGCCACCACCAUGCUUCACCGUAGCGAUGGUGUCAGGUUUCCUCUAGAAGUGACACUUGGCUUUCAGGCCAAAGAGUUUAAUCUUGGUUUCAUCAAGCCAGAAAAUCUUCUUUCUCAUGGUCUGAGAGUCUUUAGGUGCCUUUUGGCAAACUCCAAGCGGUCUGUCAUGUGCCUUUUACUGAGGAGUGUCUUCCAUCUGGCCACUCCAUAAAGGCUUGAUUGGUGGAGUGCUGAAGAGGUGGGAGAACCUUCCAGAAGGACAACCAUCUCCACAGAGGAACUCUGGAGCUCUGUCAGUCUAACCAUUUGGUUCUUGGUCACCUACCUGACCAAGGCCCUUCUCCCCCGAUUGCUCAGUUUGGCCGGGCGACCAGCUCUAGGAAGAAUCUUGGUGGCUCCUAACUUCUUCCAUUUAAGAAUGAUGGUGGCCACUAUGUUCUUGGACCUUCAAUGCUGCAGAAUUUUUUUGGUACCCUUCCCCAAAUCUGUGCCUCGACACAAUCCUCCCUCGGAGCUCUACGGACAGUUCCUUCAACCUCAUGGCUUGGUUUUUGCUCUGACGUGCACUGUCAACUGUGGGACCUUUUAUGUAGACGGGUGUGUGUGCCUUUCCAAAUCAUGUCCAAUCAAUUGAAGUUACUACAGGUUGAAGGACAUCUCAAGGAUGAUCAAUUGAAAGGAUGCACCUGAGCUCAAUUUCAAGUCUCUUAGCAAAGGGUCUGAAUACUUAUGUAAAAAGUUUUUUUUAGUUUUUUUCUAAAAACCUGUUUUCACUUUGUCAUUAUGGAGUAUUUGCUGAGGCUAUAAUGUAACAAAAUAUGGAAAAGAUCUAGGGGUAUGAAUACUUUCUGAAGGCACUGUAUGUGCCUGGGAGGGAGGCAUCAUGAAAUAAACUUUAACAUUAAGAAAUUGUA